CAAACAUUUCAUAAUUACCUUUAUCCUAACCAAAGAAAACACUUAUUAAAUCCCCUUAUUGAUCUGCCUUUAACAAAAUAUCACAACUAGUUACAUAAGUGUCAACAUUUCAUAAUUACCUUUAUUCUAACCAAAGAAAAUACAAAAAAUUUAUCCAUUCGAAUCAAAAUGAAAGUGACAAAAACCCAAGAAACAUAGGCCGCGCGUGCAUGCUCCGAGUCUUAAUUUACUAUAUAUAUCGAGCAUUUCAACACGCUAUUUUGACAUAAGCUAUCCAUUGUCCUCAUCAAAAUAAGACCAAACAAAAUUCAAGCUUUCCAUCUUCAGUUUCUCUUUUUUUGUCAGAAUUAAUGGAUAGGUGUAAUGAAAACAUGGGGCUUGUGUCCCUCUGCUUAAUCAUCUGCUUAAUCAUCACUAAUGUGCAUACUGCCAUGUCUGAUAAUGGGGAUGAAGUUGCUGCUUUGGCUAACUUUAAAGCAAGGAUCACAGAUGAUCCAUCCGAUGCCUCAGCUAACUGGGAUCCUCUACUCGUCAGCACAUGCACAAAUCUUGGGCAACAGGGAUUACAAGGUACACUGGCCCCGGAACUUGGCAAGUUGACCAACUUGGAAACCUUGCUGUUGAAUGAUAACGAGUUUUCUGGGGAAAUACCCAAAGAGCUUGGAAAUCUCAAGAGUCUAACGGCCUUACUUCUGCAAAACAACAGCUUGAGUGGUUCCAUACCAUAUACGUUGGGCAACUUGAAGAGUCUACGCAACCUUCGAUUGCAAGGGAACCAGUUGUCAGGCCCAAUACCUGCGGAAUUCGAUAAUCUCAAACAGAUUCUAGCUCUGGACCUAUCAAUGAACCAGCUCACGGGAAGUGUACCUAAAGAAUUGGCCAGCCUGAAAAAUCUUCGAUAUCUGAAUCUAUCCAACAAUAAUGGCCUUACGGGUUCACUGCCGGCUGGCUUGGACAAAAUACAGGACAUAAGCAACACCAACAUAAAAUCAGCAGCCCGCCGUCCGCUGCCACCCGAUGCAUCACUCUCGCACCAUCUCUCUGACGACGCCGGUCACGAAGAACUACCCGACGACGCCGUACACGAUGGCAGAGCAGGGAGGAGUUUCGGCCGGACUCGCUCGUCGCGGAUAUUGGCGGAGGUGGCCGGCGAGACAGACGGCGAUUUUCAAUGGUUGGAUAAUUGCGGUGGCGCUGAUCCACCAUUCUCGCCGGCGACUAACUUUGCCCUUCCCGCCGGCGACCAACUAUUUCCGCCGCCAACACCAAUCAUCCUGCCAUCGCCGGAGUCGCCGGAUAUGCCACCGACGAACACACAGGCGGCAUCGCAUGGUCGUCUUCCUCCACUACUGGCCUCUGCCACCGCGCCGUCGAGCGCUUUCCUUCAACUAGGAUCGCACGGUCGUCUGCUCCGGCAACGCCAUCAUAUUAGAGUGUCGAAAUCGUCGGGAAUCUGCCGGAAAAGUCGUCCCGCCGUGAAUGCGAACCGGACAAAUCUCCGAAAAUCCCAACCCAAUUCUUGGCCCUCCGUAUAG